AUGUCAUCUAUGCGCAACGCCGUGGCGCGGCGUCCGCACCGUGAGCGUGCGCAGCCGCUGGAGCGUCGCCGACUGGGCUUGCUCGAAAAGCACAAGGAUUACUCUCUCCGAGCCAAGGAUUUCAACAAGAAAAAGGCCCAGCUGAAAUCGCUGCGACAAAAGGCCGCUGAUCGAAACGAAGAUGAAUUUUACUUUGGCAUGAUGUCCCGCAAGGGCGUCGGAUCCAAACUCAAGGACGGCAAGAGCUGGACAGGCAAACUGGAGGGCGAUCGUGGCAACAGGGCAAUGGACAUCGAUACUGUGCGGCUGCUCAAGACCCAGGACAUGGGGUAUAUCCGGACGAUGCGGCAGGUGGUUGUCAAGGAAAUUGCGAGACUAGAACAACAAGUCGUCUUGACAAGAGGCCUGGACCGUCUUGACGACGAAGACGACGAGGAAGAUGAUGUGGGCUCCAGCGACGACGAGACGACGCCCUUGCCAGCGAAACUCAAGGCAGCGAGAAAGAUUGUCUUCAUGGAUGACGAGGAGGAGCGAGAGGCUACCAUGCUGGAUAAGUUGGAGGCGGAGCAACAUGACGACGACGACGACGAAGAAGAAGAAGGUGGAAAUCCCGCCGCGGCAGAUGAGGAAGGGGACGACGAAGACUCCGAGCGGGCCAAGUCGUUGCGGAGACUGAAGAGACAGCUUGAAAAUGCCAAGAAGCAGCUCAAGGCUUUCAAUGAUGCCGAGGCACAUCUUGAUGUGCAGCGCGCCAAGAUGGCCAAGACGGCGACAUCUGGAGGGAACACGAGGAGAGGGAGGAAAAUCAUGGUUCGCGCGAGGAAGCGUUAG